AGCAUGAGCGUUCGCGGUGUUUGGGUCAUACGGCCACCUGGAGGGUCUGUACGAGGGCAGAGCAAGCAAGGAACCGUCCUCUUUUCCAAGCGGUAUCCGACUGUAGAGCGACGAUGCAAGCUACUGGCGCCGUCUCUCUACCAUUCCAUACCUGGAGAUUCGCAGCUGUGUGAAGCGGUGCUUACCAAAUGCUCGGAGACUUCUGAAGAACAGUUUCUGAGUGAGAAGGAUUGCUGCUCGGCAUCCUACACAAAGCCAGUCUAUGAACUCAUCUCUGGCAAGCUCUGGCCCGUCGUCUGCAUUGAACAGAAUGGUGUGUUCUUUGUGGCAGUUCCCCUGGUGGAGACCAGAGGUGACCGCAGACCUCCUCUCAUGGAAAUGUAAGUCAAAACACCAACAGUCAGAUUAUUAAGAUUCAAAAAGGACUCAAGAAUAAGGGACACAUCCCUGUAAUGCAUUAGUGUGUUAUAAUAUUACCUGCGGGUAAGGGGACACCUGAAUAAAGGACACUUUCAAUCCAUCCAAGGUGUCCCUUAUUCUGAGAGAGACAGCUUUCAGGCAGUUGUCCCUAAACUCAACUCUUCUACAAGGAUUUUCUAGAGGGAUGCUGGUUCAUUAGCUCUGUGAAUUUUGCAUGCUGCAGACCAGGCAUCCCUGCUGCUGUGGCUCUGCUAGAAGGCAUUGCUGAAGUGGUUGGACCAAACGUCAAGGAUCUGAACGAAGUCUGUCUAUAGUCUGUGUGUUUCCGGUCAUUUUCAGCAUCGCACAUAGACUUCUGGAAGGUUCAUGGACGUUCACCAGUACCUGUGUCUCGCCGCUCCACUCGGCUCCCCAAUUGAGACCGCCCCUGCUAUUAUCAAACAUUACCAGCAGUCACGAAAGCAGGGAGCUCCCUCUCCUGCCCAGAAGCAACCGGCAUGGAGGCCAGCGUGUACCGAGGGAGCUCCAAACUCCACGUGGUUGUGAGGGAGGAGAUCCGGGCCGUCCAGUACGACAAGAAGGAGGUGGCAGACGUUUGAGACUUUCGGGUCUGUUGUGUGCAAGGCGGAGUUGGAGGGUCACCCGGAUGUCCUCCUGACCCUGGUCUCUCCUCCCUCCUCCCCUCCCCUGGAUCACCUCCUCACACACCCCUGUGUCCAGUCGGCCGACGUGACCCCCCUCUCUCCCCGCAGCGGGCCCCCCGACCAACUCCGGAACAGGAAGAUACGGUUCUCGGCUCCAAACGAGACAUUCACUCUCUGCAGCUACCAGGUCUCCAACCUUCCCGUGCUGCCACUACGAGGCUUCUACCAGAUGAAGGGAGAAAGUAAAGUCCAGCUACUGGUGCAGCUAAAACUGAGUGAGAACGUCAAAAAUAACUUUGAGCUCUGCGAGGUCCAUCUUCCCUUCUUUCACAGAGGGCCAAUUCAGAAGAUAGAGAACGUGUCACCGGUCACGGCGUCUGCUGCCCUCUCCACACUCCCUGAUAAGAGGACAUUGUCUGGAACAUUGGCCAGAGGUUCCCCAGUAAGACUCUGGAGCUGUCCCUGCAGGCCACUGUCCGAUUCCCUGACCACUACACCCCAACCAGUGGAGUGGACACUGAUGACCCGUUCUGCAUCGGCCUCAACACCUAUGCUGACAUUUUCUUCAAGAUACAAGACUUCACACUGAGUGGCUGCAGUGUCGACUCUCGCUCUAUCACUCUCUUUCCCCCCAGCAAAUACAAGUUUACCCACGGGAAGGAACUGGUCUCUACGAAUUAUCGCAUUUGGAACUCUCAUGGAGAUGCCAUCUUUGUAGCUUCACAGGCCAGAACAGUGACUUGAUUUGGACAUUGUGUGUAUGUGUGUGUGUGUGUGUGCGUGCGUGGUGUGCCUGUUUUAUGCGCAUGCGCUGAUUGAUGUCCGCUUGCACCUUUGACCUGUGAAAGAAAGAACAUGGUUCAUGUUUCUUGAGAUUUUCGUCGUGACUACGUCUCUGUUGCUGGGCUGCUUCCUCUUGGUCUUGACGACGGUCACUCAACUGCAGGUCCAUGCAGCGAGUGGAGGCGGAAGACCGAUUUUGACCGCCUUUCCGGGAGCGCUAGCCUCUUGCUUCAGCAAGAAAAGAAGUAGAGCCGCUGGGGUUGUGCGUGCCGCUAACGACCCUGCCAGAGAUGGACGCUGUCCGGGGAAGAAGGCUAGACGAACGGAAAGGAGGAGGCAGAUCAAACGCGCUCUGGGAACCAGGAGCCACGCACUCCGCGAGGAGCUCAGGAGAAGACAGAUAGCAGAGGAGAGCAGACUCUUGACUGCCAAACUUAGCUCACUGGCCAACCCCAUCUGCAGUGGAUGUAGGACUGUCUAUUCCAAGAAAAACUGCAGCUACAACUGCUGUGCUCGAUGCUGUCGCUCUCAGACCAAGUCGGUGUGUCUGGCUCACGGGACUGGCUACAUGGCUGCUGUGGAGAGUGUGGAGGGAGCUGUUCAGUACAAGUACACCGAAUUUGACCUCAGUUACGGACACUUGAAAGACUGUCCUCCAAGAGUCACUUCCAUUGGAAAGCAACUGGUUUCGCUGAAUUUGUCCAACAAUCGUCUGUCGAGUGUCCCGGAGGACCUGGGAGCUCUGUCCAGUCUCAGAGAGCUCUUUCUCCAGUACAACACCCUCACCCACCUGCCAGACAGUAUUGGAGACCUGCACCAUCUGACAGAGCUGGAUGUCAAGAACAAUCAGCUGGAGGAGAUCCCUGCCUCCAUUGGACGACUGAGGAAACUGGUGGUCCUCAACGUCACCAAUAACUGUCUCCCCAGCCUCCCUACCUCCAUCGGAAGACUAGCAGGACUCGAGGAACUUGGGCUCCACUCCAACCAACUAACAGAGCUUCCAGAUGAGAUCUGCAACCUGACGUCACUAAAGGUGAUGUAUGGUGGCGAGAACAGACUGAAGGGACUGCCGGUCAGGUUCGGUCGACUGACUCAGCUACAGGAGCUGGAUGUCUCCGGCUGUGAGCUGGAGACUCUGCCACAGUCUCUCUCCCGCUGUGUGUCCCUCAUCAGACUCUGGCUCUCCAACAACAGACUGCAGACUCUGCCAGUACACAUUGGUGACCUACAGCAGCUAAAGGAGCUCCAUGUCAGGAACAACAGACUCUGCUACCUCCCAGCCUCCGUGGACACACUUCACCUCUACACCUUCACUGCUCAGAACAACAGAUUUGUGGAUGAGGUCACGGCCAGUGAGAUGUGCUACGCUCCAACUGAAGGUGUGGCACCUCUCAUGGAGCUGGCAGCUAGAGCCGCCCUGGACUCCAACCUAGAGUGGGACACUCCCUCCCUCCCAACUUCUCUCAGGGAGAUGUUGAGUAGUCCUGGAAGGUGCUCUGUGUGUGAGGGACCGUUCUUCAACUACAACUCGUCUGUGGUGACCUUCAAGACGGUGGGAGUGUUCUACAGACUACCACUCUGUCUCUCCCUCUGCACCCCUCGCAUUGAGCACUCCGGACAACCAUGAGGUUUUUUUAUCAUUUUUUUAUCGCACGUAAUCAUCAGGUUUUCCUCAAAAAACAAAGUUUUAACCAUCUGGUCUUUAUAACACAUCAACUCUCCGUAAUGAAUCAUCCUGAAUUGCUUUGAUGCGUUUAAACUCAGAAAUUGGGGCAUUAUGUCUGGAUAAUGUUCACUCAUCUGAAAUUCACAAUUCGCAAUACACUCAACAUUAAUUCGUCUUU